CCGAAGCCAGCCACUGCUCAUUCAGCACUCAGCGCACACAAUCAGCCAAAAGAUGAAGCACAGAGGUGUCCAGAUUUUCCUCUUGGCCAGUUUGCUGGGCUUGUCCUCCAUUCAGGCCGUGGUGGUGACUGGUGGUGGUUCCCAGCAGUUGGGCAAUAAUAAUCGGAAUGGCUAUCGCUAUAAUGGUCCUGCCCACAAGUAUUUGCCAGCAGAGGAGACGCAGCAUCAUCCGCAGGACUUUAAUGGUCCUUUUAACAAGGAAUACUAUGAGGGACAGCGGCAUCAGGAGCAGCAGGAGGAAAACUCCUGGCAGUCUGCCUUCUCACAGCAGCAGCAGCAGCAGGAUCACCAGGGUAACCAGCAGCAGCAACACCAGCAGCAGGGUCUGGCUUACCCCCAGCCACACCUUCAAGGACACCAUCACCUCAACCAGAUCUCUGGCUAUCAGCCACAUCCAGAGGGUUCUCUUCACCAGAGCCAAGGUCACCAGCAAUCUCAGCCUCACCAUUCUGUAGGCCAUCAUCAGGAGGGUCACCAGCAGCAGCAGUAUCACCACAAUGACCAGCAGCAGCAGCAACAGGAUCUUGGCCAGCAGCAGAAUCAUCACCAGCAAGGUCCAGGAGGCCUAGGAGGUCAUGGAGGUCCAGGAGGCCUAGGAGGUCUUGGAGGCCCAAUAGGUUCCGAAUCCUGGAACUCCAACCGUGGACAAGGUGCUCACCAGCAGCAAAAUGAAUACUUGCAGCAGCGGGUUGAAUCCUGGCAGCAAGGAAAUCAGGGAGGUCUUGAAGGAGGAGCCGACUCCUGGAACUUUAAUCGUGGUCAGCAGCCAGGAGACUCCUGGAACUCCAAUCGUGGUCAGCAGCCGGGAGACUCCUGGAACUCCAAUCAUGGACAGCAGCCAGCAGACUCCUGGAACUCCAAUCGUGGUCAGCAGCCAGGAGAUUCCUGGAACUCUAAUCGUGGACAGCAGCCAGGAGACUCCUGGAACUCCAAUCGUGGCCACAAUGAGCACACCCCUCAACGUGGUGAAUCCUGGCAGCAGCUAGGAAACUCAGAGUCCUAUAACUCAGAGCGUGGACCAGCCACCAGCCAUCGCCAGGCAGGAAGUCAAGGUGGCCUAGGAGCCUCAGAAAACUGGAACUCCCAUCGUGAGCAUAGUGAAGCCUGGCCUGGAUCCUACCAAAAUCAACACCAGUUUAGUGACAGCCUGUGGCAUCCCAUUCGCGAGCACGAACUGGAGAAGCUGCCCACGGCUGAGGCGCAUGCCAGCAGCCAGAAGACCUUUGCCAAGCCAGGCGGGGAUGUUAAGCUCGUGCCCUCUUAUACGCUGUCCAGUGAUGCGGAGCAUGAUCGUUUCAUAGGCCUGGAUGCCCAAGACAGUCGCCUGCUGAGCCAAGGUUUGCCGUCGGCCUAUCGCAAGCAUACCUUUGCCUCGCCGAUUAAUCAGCGUCAUGAGGAGCAGUUGGGCGGAGGAGCUGCCUCCUCCUCUUCCGGCAAGGACUUUUUGCAAAUGCAAUCGCAUUCCUAUCAGCUGCCCUCGACACACAGCACCCACAGGGAGUGGCCGCAGCCAGGUGGACCCUCCUCCUCCUCCUCCUCGUACUCCCCAUUGGGUGGAAAUCGUCAGUACUCAGUGAGUGCCUAUGCACAGUCUUCGCCUGGCUCUCAUUCCUCCUCUCCUGGUUCGCUCUCCUCUUCUCCUGGUUCGCUUUCCUCUUCUCCUGGCUCUCACUCCUCCUCUCCUUCUUCCCUUUCCUCCUCUCCUGCCUCCCAAAAUGGAAUCAACCAUCCCAGCAGGGAGUUCCAGGCUCCUUACUACUAAAUAUCCCCCCUUUCCCCUGGAUUCUCCUUGAAGCUCCCUCAUCCGCCAUAAGAUCUCAAGUUGAGAGUGAGGAAAAAUCUAUAAAAAAGAAUCUAAAAAGGAAAAAACUCAAAGAAAAAAAUCUUUAAAAUAUAUAAAUUUCAGCAUUGGCAUUUUUCAGGAAAAGCCUUUAGUUUGAAGUGAAAUUUUGAAGCUAAAUAUUGUAC